GGUAUUUGUACCGUAACACUCAAUGACCACUCGGCAAAAAGAAAAACAUCCCCAGGUACAUCUGAUUAGUACAUGGUACUAGUAAUAAUGCGGAGUACCUGCUGCAAGCUGCAUAGAUCGGAAGGAGAAUGAUUUAGGAAACCGCAUUCAGGGACAGGGGGCUAGAAUGGAUCUUUCUUCCUUCUCGACAUCGUCGUUCUCUUUUCUCCUCCACUCUUUUUUCAACAGAAUAAGAUGCCACAAUUUGCUUGUUCUCUUUGGAUUGCUUUUUUCUCUUUUAAUCUUUGUCAGCUAGUUAAGAUUGCGUAGCACUCCCACGCUCACUCUCGAAAACUUGUAAUAGAUAUUUAAAUUAAUUACCUCUUGCUCGAUCCCUCAAUCGCUAUCGACGCCGUACCAACGCAGUCAAAUAAUUGUCCCAUAUAACCAACAGCCAGGUAUACCGAUUCAGCACCGACCAUCAUCGAUCAUCACCGCCGAAAGUACCUACGCUUUUCCGGUGUGCUUAAUUUAGGACCGUCGGUUAAUAAUAAGUUUGUUCUUAUUUAUGCACUAAUAAUCCUAUACAUAUGCUAUAAAGUUGGAAAAUCGAAGAGAGUCUUUUAAGACUCUAGACAUCAUCACUACUAGACCAAGCAAACAAUAUAUCUAAAGCCAAUUUGGCCAUUGAACGACAUAAUGGCAUCCUCUUACGCUCUACCACAGCCUCCACUUCCACACAAUCACGGCCACUCUCACUCCCACUCCCGCACCCACUCUCACUCUCGUUCUCCAUCGUCCUUUGGCCACUCGAGAUCGGCUCGUUCUUUGCAGGGCUACCCUCAAGGCCAAGGUCUCAGACCCGACUUCAACCAUAGCCAUAGCCACGACCACGACCACGACCACAAUCACAAUCACAAUCACGAUCACGACCACGAUCACGAUCACGACCACGACCACGACCAUAGUCAUGACCAUCUCGAUCCUGACACUCAAGUACAGGCUCGGCAGAAUCUAACACAAUACCGAGCAAAUUCGUUCGUACCGUUACAAAGACGAGAAAACCGACCAUCACCUCUAAGACAAACUGGCGAGGAAUUGGCUAGCUCAGAGAAGAAUGACAUAAUAGACGCGCCAAAAACCCCAAGUUAUAGAGCACCUACUGCCACAGUUAUACGUGAGCAUCCCUACGACGGUGGCCAUGGAGGAAGUUGCUCAAAGUUUACGGCCUUGUUGCUCCCCUUUACCUCGAGAUGGCCCCUGAUACAUGCCAUCAUGACAGAAAAGGACUCACGGCGCAUUUUCUAUUUCAUGGCCGUUAAUUUUACUUUUAUGGGUGUUCAAGCCGUCUAUGGAUAUUUGACCGACUCUCUAGGGCUUCUCAGUGACAGUAUACAUAUGUUCUUCGACUGCGUAGCUCUGGCAGUAGGACUGUUUGCAUCAGUCAUGAGUAAAUGGCCACCUAGCGAGAGAUUCCCUUAUGGUUUCGGAAAGAUUGAGACCCUCAGCGGGUUUGCGAAUGGUGUCUUCUUGAUACUCAUUAGUCUUGAAAUCAUGUUCGAGGGAUUUGAGAGGCUAUUAGAAGGCCGAGAAACCAAGAGACUUCGAGAGCUUUUCAUCGUUAGUACGUUAGGACUGGUCGUAAAUUUGUUGGGUAUCUUUGCCUUCGGCUCUCAUGGGCACCAUCAUGGUCAUAGUCAUGACCAUUCGCACGACCACGGACAUUCGCACGGUCACUCUCACAGCCAUACCCAUAGUCACGGCCACAAGGAUCAUGGCCACGACUGUAGCUUGCAUGACGAGCACGACCACGGCCACGGCCACGGACACGGACAUGCUCAUUCCCAUGGCCACGAGAACGAGAACAUGCACGGUAUCUACUUGCAUAUUCUAGCAGACACUCUCGGAAGUGCCUCUGUUAUUGUAUCGACAAUAUUAACCUACCUUGUCCCAUGGUCAGGCUGGGAUCCUCUGGCAUCCUUCUUAAUUGCGUACCUGAUUCUUAUUACGGCUAUACCCCUAGUGAAGUCAUCAGCUCAGCGCUUACUUCUAACGAUCCCAGCGGAUACCGAGUACAAUCUUCGUAAUACGCUGUCUGAGAUCACGAACCAGCGAGGCGUUGCCUCAUACUCAGUGCCGAAGUUCUGGGUGGACGACGGUGCAAGUAGUGAGUCUGGAAGUAGGAUCCUCGGUGUGAUCCACGUGGCCGCAAUCCGAGGUGCAGACUUGGAGGAGGUUCGAGAUAGAGUCCAGAGCUACCUUGGCAAGCACGGAAUCAACCUCACGAUACAGAUGGAGAGAGAGGGGGACACAACAUGUUGGUGUGGGAUGGGUCGGGUCAAUGCUCUAACAUCUAAGGGCCUAAGUGGGUAUUGAGGGGCUGUAAUAGCUGAAUGGUUGG